AUGCAGACUCUUCCUUCUGAAGGUUCAAUCGUGUGCGGUGAAAUCGUUCGAAUUGAACCGUAUGGAGCCUUCGUGCAGUUGGAAGAAUGUCGAGCUCGGGGGCUUUUGCACAUCUCUCAAAUUGCGAACAUGAGGUUGGAAAAAGUUGAGGAUGCACUAUCAAUGAACGAUCGUGUGUGGGUCAAAGUUUUGGAGGUAGUACCCGACGACAAUCCAGACAUGUCCCGUCCGCAACGCUUCAAAAUAAAGCUCACCAUGAAAAAUGUUGCUCAAGAUGGUACAGCUCAAGAAAUAGAGGCAUCGCUACAAGCUGGUCAAAGAGUAUCACAAGCAAUUGAACAAAACUUGAAUUCCAAGAUUGGAAUGGGUGUAGCACGAGAUCCAAUGGCUGGUUACAGCAACGCGAGCGAUCGUUUGAUUUUGAAAAAUGAUCCUUCCCGGAAGACGACUGUAAUAAAUGGGUACGCGCUAGUGGACGAUACCGAAGGAGUACUUCCUCCGGAGUCAUCGCUGCCUCCCUUAAUCGAGCCAGUACAAAUUGUAUUAAUGGGCCGUGGGCGCGGAAAAACGUUGCCGGCAUGGAUGACCAAUGACGACAACGGCCCGAUCAAGCGUUCCGAGAUGGUAGUCAACGAUGACGGAAGCUCAUCCAACGAAAGUGGACGACAUUCUAGAAAACGCAGCAAACGCAAAAGCAAAGAAAAGCGCAAAAAGGAUAGAAAGCGUUCUCGAAAGACUCGAUAUAACGACGAAAGUGAGAGGGACGACCGAGACCGCGAUAGACAUCGAAAAAAACGCCGUCGAAGCCAGCGUAGUCGCAGCCCAAGCGCCAGUGCUAAAAGCUCCAUCCCUGAUGAGGGUUUUUUCAAUCGGUCAUUAGGGGAUGAUAGAAACAUCAGCUUUCGGAAUGUGGACGAAGCGAAGCGCCUAGUAGAAGAGUUGGAGAAAAAAGGAGUUCGCAAAAGUCGGCGGUCGUAG